UGUUGAGCUGAGCUGAGGGGAACUGUGUUGAGUUGUCGGAAAUCAAAACUGAAAGUGAAUUCAAUAAACCUUAUUGACUUGGGCUGUUGUUUGAGAGAGGAGACGAGAUGGCGGAAGGUCGGUGUGAGUUCCCUGUCCUGGUGAAAGGCGACUGUAAAGCAGAAACGUUUAAGACUUUAAAAAACAAACUACAACUUUACUUUCAAAGCCUAAAGCUGUCCGGCGGCGGGGAAUGCAUUGUGGAAUACGGAGAACCGUCCAAAGCACAAGCCGUGGUGUGUUUUGCAAGUGAGGAAGUAAGAAAUCGUGUACUGAACAAACCAAGUCACGAACUGGAUUUGAAAAAAACAGACAAAGUGCAACUUGUCGUUACACCCCUGGACAAAAAUGCAGCUGAAGAUAAAAAUAGAGCUGUCGCUCAACAGGCUGAGCAGGAAUCUGCAGUGGAGACUGCAAGCAAAACACAACAGAGAAAAGAAAAAGGUGCAACAGCAUUUGAAGAUAUAAAGAGUGAUGAUCCUUAUCAUCCCUCUGCUGUUGUGCUAAACAAUCUUUCUGAAAAUGUCACAACUGACCUGCUGAUUCUCUUUGUGGAGAACAACAGUAGAUUAUCAGAGGGAGAAGGUGACUUUACCUUAGAAAUGUUGAGCGAUAUUGAUGCUGCUGUUGUGAUCUUCAAAAAAACUAUUGAUAUUUUUGAAUUCAUUGCAAAAUGUUCUGGUAAAGUUAUCGAAAGGAAAAAAAUUGUUGCAAAGCAUUUGGAAAUCACAAGGAGUAUCCUUGUUGAAAACCUGUCUCCUGCUGUGAGUGAUGAACUGCUAAAGCUGUAUUUUGAAAAACCGAUCUAUGGAGGCGCAGUUGUGAAUGAUAUUGUUCUUGAAGACAGUUCAGCUAUUAUUUCCUUUCAAAAUGCUAAAGAUUUGGAUUCAAUUCUGGAUAAGGAUCAUGUGGUUGAUAAGAAGCCAAUCCUUGUCUAUCCCUAUUAUAAGUCCUUGGCUUCAGCUCUAUAUGGAAACAAAGGACCAGUGGUGAAAAUGCCAGAUGCAUUUCCUGUGACUGUCAAUCCGUAUAUCUUGAAUUUUCUCAGGGAUAAAAGAUAUAUUGGAGAAAUCAAUGACAAAAUGUCCAAAUGCUAUUGUGAUGUUGUGUGGCCAGACCUGGGCAAACCAAACAUCAUCAAGUUAUUACCUUCUUUCUCAAAAGUAGUGAAAGGAUUGACAAAACUGACAAAGGUUUGGAAGAAGGAAGCUUUAGAUACUAUAACAUCCAUCUUGUUAAAAUACACCUUUGCUGAAAAUAAUAUUAGUUUGCCAGUCUGGAAAGCAGUACAGCCAGAGAUUGACCAACUGUCGAAUCAGAACGUGUCUGUUGUAUUAGACAUGCCACUAGGGAAAGUGAUAUUAGUCGGGGAGUACAAUCCAGUCAAUGAAUUGAAACAGCAAAUGAGAAACAUCAUUGAAAUCGCUUUUCGAAAACAAGAAAGGGAAAAUCAAAGUAUUUCACAAACAAUAGAUCUUAGUCCAGCUAUGUAUACUUUCCUGCAACACAAUGAUCUUCAAGAAAAUCUUUCUAUUCGAUUUGCUGAUCUUUGGAUGAACUAUGAUGCCACCACUGGAUCCUUAAUUCUUUGUGGUUUACAACAUGAAGUGCAUGGAGGCAAAAGCUAUGUUUUACAAGAACUUAUUAAUUUAAAACAGAAACAAAUAGAAAUGGAUAAUUUACUUAUCUGUUUUCUACAGAUGGUGAAAAAUAAUGAAAGUUGUCACCGAAUAUUUACCUCCCUUGGAAUCAAUGCAGUGUAUGAAAUAAAAGAUAAUGGCUUGGUCUUGUACGGGAAGGAAAACAACAUUCUCUUUGAGGCAGAAAGAAGCCUGGAGACCAUUUUUAAUAUCAAGCAGAUUGUUGUAGAGAAUAGAGAUCUCAUUGCAAAGAGAGAAUGGAAACAACUACUCAAGGAAUUAGACAAAAAGUUAAACUAUUCCCAGAAAAUAUUUGAAAUUGAGGAAAUGCCAUUUGGUACAGGGGUAAGGAUAGCUAUUUUUGGUUUUUCCGAUGCUGUCAACCAAGUAUUUGAACAUCUUGAUGAUUUUGUCAACAAAAAUGCAUUCAUAAAGAAAUUCAUUGAAGUGGAAUCCAGUGCUAUGUUGGGGUUUUUGGUUCACUUUCAGAAGAUUACCUCAUUGCCUCACACUGAGAAGAAAGAUGUGAAAAUUGAGGUUAAUGAAAACCAGAUGAAUAUUAAACUCUCUGGACCACGGGAGCACGUGUGUGAUGUAGAGGAUUUCAUUAGGAAAGAAAUAUCCUUGUUAUCCUUCAGUGUUUUAAAUCUCACUGAACCAGGAAUAAAAAUAUAUUUCAAAGAAGAGAAAGAUAUACUUGCUGCCUCAGUAAUGCAAAAAUUCCACUGUGUGAUCAAAUCACAAGAAAAACAUUUCUUGAAAAGUGACAAUAAAGAAUCCUCUCAGCUUUGUUACCAAGUACAGUUACCUGAUGGGCCUUUGGUUGCUGUUUUGAGGGGAGAUUUAUGUGGUCAUCAUGUUGAUGUGAUUGUAAAUGCAGCAAAUGAAAAUUUACAGCAUAUUGGGGGCCUUGCAGGAGCAGUAUUAAAAGCAGCAGGGCCAAUGUUGCAGACAACUUGUGACUAUAUCAUCAAAACACAAGGAAUUCUCAAACCUGGUGAUGCAGUCAUUACAGAUGCAGGUAACUUGCCAUGCUCCAGUGUUAUUCAUACAGUUGGCCCAAGAUGGGGAAGUAAUAACAAAGAAACGUCUGUGAAGUCUUUGAAACGUGCAGUGAAGGAGAGCCUACGACUGGCAGAAAUGUAUAAUCUUAGAUCAAUAGCAAUUCCUGCAAUUAGCUCAGGAAUUUUCGGCUUUCCCUUAAAAUUGUGUGCAGAAAUAAUUGUCCAAUCGAUUAAGGAAUUUUGGAAAGAUUCUAAAGGAAGACUUAGCCUUCAAAAGAUUGAUCUUCUGAACAAUGAUAGGAAAACUGUUGAAGCUGUUUUAGAUGCAGUUCAAAGGGAAUUUGACGUUUACAUAAAAACUCCUUCCAUGGGGCAAAGUAAAACGGAGCUCAGAGUUCAAGAAACUGGAAAUGUCAACCAAGAGAAAGCCCUCACAAAGAAAGAUCCAAAUGUCCAAAUUGUAACAUCAUGUAUUCAAAAUAUGAAAACAGAUGUUAUUGUUACUUCAGUUGGCCCGGAUUUGUGCCUUAAAAAAGGAGCUAUUUCAUUUGCAAUAUACAAUAAAGCUGGUCCAAUGCUUCAACAAUUGUUAAUGAAAGAAGCUAAUGGAAACGUUCCUGAAGGAGAUAUCAUUAUAACAAAGGGAUGCAAUCUUAACUGUGAUGUUGUCUUUCAUGUCAUUGUUCCUAAGUGGGAUAAAGGAACUGGAAAUGCAUCAGAGAUCCUGAAACACAUCAUAUCAAGUUGUUUGCAGAAUGCAGAAGCAUUGCAGCUCAAAUCAAUCUCAUUCCCAGCUAUUGGAACUGGCCUUCUUGGUUUUCCAAAAAGUCAUGUUGCUAAUAUAAUGUUUGAAGAAGUCUCAAAAUUUACCAGUGUUUAUCAUCCAAAGUUUCUGCAGGAUAUUUAUUUUGUGUUGCAUCCCAAUGAUGAACAAACUAUAGCAGCAUUUUGUACGGUAUUCAAUUACCCGGCUCCCAAACAAAUGUUAGCAUCUGCUAGGGUUGAAAAAAGAUUCACAGAGCAAGUCUUUGGAAGAACUUCCUUACCCAAAGAAUAUUUAGCUGAAAUGAAAGUGGGAGAGAUUUUGCUGCAAGUUGUACUUGGAGACAUAACAAAGGAGACCACUGACAUCAUUGUGAAUUCAACAGCUUCCUUUGAAAUGAAAACAGGAACCAACAGACAGGAAAUAAUCACAAAAGGAGGAUCUUUGCUUUGCAAAAAUACAAUUCAUCUAAUUGCACAAGAGGAACCUGAAAAAACCAAGAGUGGUGUUGUCAAAGCUCUUCACAUUUGUGAAACAAACAGAAUCCCUUCCAUUACAUUUUCCACAAUUGGAACAGGACAGAUUGGAAUUAACCCUUCAUUGUUUGCUGAUGCGAUGAUACAAGGAGUGGCAGAGUUUGCAAACCAGGAACAAGUCAUUUUCUUGAGCGUUGUUCGAAUAGUCAUUUCUAAUCCCCAAACGUUUGAUGAUUUUCGUAAGAGUAUGCAGAAAAGAGAGGGCACCAGGCUGACUGAAUCAGAAUCCAUAUUCACAAAGACAAAAAAUCGAUUGACAUCAUUCAUUUUUGGAAACAAAAUCAAGGAAAAUAAAAGGAAGCGAGAAUUGAUCAUUUUGGCAGAUCUAAUCGAGCCAGCGAUUAUUCAUAUUUGUGGAGAAAGCGAACAAGAAGUAAAAAAUGCAGAAUCUUGGCUGAAAGAGCUUGCUUUAAAUCAGCUUGAUGGUCAGGUCAUUACUAAUGAUCUCUUAUAUGGAUUUGGUAAAAGAGAACAUGAAGAAUUGAGAUGUCUACAAAAACAGCUACAAGUCAAAAUAGAGUUUGAAUACAAACAAUCUGUGGUCGAGAUCAGAGUUUGCGGUCUGAAAAGAAAUGUGUCCUCUGCCGGUUUUAAAAUUCAUCAGAUGAUGGAGGAUGUUAGAAAAGAACAGGAAAGAAUCAAUGAUGAGGAACUGAUCAGCCACAUGGUGCAAUGGCAAUUUAAAGACGGCAAUCAAUUUAUGCCAUUUGACAAUGCCACAAACUUCAAACUGGAAAAUGCAUUUAUAAUGAAGGAAAAUUCUGUUGUGAUAGAAAUCCAUUCCAAGACAGUUACUGUGGAUUUUAACAAUAAUACUGCAGAAGACAUCAAUCACAAGAAGUUUGCUGUAAAGCGUGUCUUGCUGGCAGAAGGAGAGGAUAAAAACAUUCCAAAUCACUGGGAAGAUAUGAACGGGUUGCAAUUUAAAGAAGUUGAGCUAUCAAGAAGUUCACAGGAAUAUGUUGAUGUAACGACUUCAUUUCUGAAGACCUCUGCUCAUUAUACCAUAGUCAAGGUACAGCUACAUAACCUUUUAAAAAUGCAUUUUUUAAAGGGUGUUUUAUUUAAUAGUUGUUUGAUAAUAGAAAUAAAACACAAAACUUUUUAA